AGAAAUUAGUCACACCGGUGCUUUUCGGUGCGCAACGUGCAGCGCCACAGCGGCAGUCUCAAGAAUACUCCUCGUGACGCCACACGAGCUCUUCCUUUCCGCCGAACUCUCGCGAGUUGAACAUGUCGCAUACUGCUGAGAGAAGAAAUGAUGAUCAAUGGUCAGGGGAUUCAAAAAAUGGUCCUAGUGAAAGUGAACAACCCACAUAUGAUGGACCACCUGGAAUGGACCCCGAUGGCAUCAUCGAGUCCAAUUGGGAUGUUGUUGUGGAAAACUUUGAUGAAAUGAACCUGAAAGAAGAACUUUUACGUGGUAUUUAUGCUUACGGGUUUGAGAAACCAUCCGCAAUUCAACAACGUGCCAUCCUACCAUGUAUAAGGGGGCUCGAUGUUAUUGCUCAGGCCCAGUCUGGUACUGGAAAAACUGCAACGUUCUCAAUAUCAAUUCUUCAACAAAUAGACACUACUAUUAAAGAAUGCCAGGCCUUGAUCCUUGCACCAACCCGUGAAUUAGCUCAACAAAUCCAGAAAGUCGUUAUCGCUCUAGGAGAUUUCAUGCACGCGGAAUGUCACGCGUGCAUUGGUGGCACCAACGUUCGUGAAGAUAUGCGAAAACUGGAUCAGGGUGUUCACGUGGUUGUUGGUACGCCCGGUAGAGUUUAUGACAUGAUCAGCCGACGAGCACUUCGAGCAAGUAGCAUCAAACUUUUCGUGCUGGAUGAGGCCGAUGAAAUGUUAUCUCGAGGAUUUAAGGAUCAAAUCCAUGAUGUAUUCAAGCUAUUACCUAACGAAGUUCAGGUUAUAUUAUUAUCUGCAACAAUGCCAUCUGACGUGUUGGAUGUAUCCAAAUGUUUUAUGCGUAAUCCCAUUCGAAUUUUGGUUAAAAAAGAAGAGCUAACAUUAGAGGGUAUAAAGCAAUUUUUCGUUUACGUCGAACGCGAAGAUUGGAAAUUGGAGACUCUUUGUGAUUUAUACGAUACAUUGAGCAUUACCCAGGCCGUUAUCUUCUGCAAUACGCGACGUAAGGUAGAUUGGCUAACAGAGAGUAUGCAUAAACGCGACUUCACUGUUUCCGCUAUGCAUGGUGAUAUGGAACAGAAGGAGCGCGAUCUUAUCAUGCGUCAAUUCCGAACUGGAUCAUCUCGAGUUUUGAUUACCACUGAUCUUCUGGCACGUGGUAUUGAUGUACAACAAGUUUCUCUUGUUAUUAACUAUGAUUUACCUUCCAACCGAGAAAACUAUAUUCAUCGAAUUGGUCGUGGUGGUCGUUUUGGCCGUAAAGGUGUGGCCAUUAACUUUGUGACGGAAGAAGAUAAACGAACCUUAAAAGAUAUUGAGCAAUUUUACAACACUCACAUCGAUGAAAUGCCAAUGAAUGUCGCUGAUCUGAUUUAAGUCCGACUAUUGGCUAUAAUCCAUUAUAAUAAAAAAUAAUAAAAAGCAGUUUUGGACAGUCCAGAUGUGGGCGACAUAUUUUUGGAAAUAAAGACCAGAUUUCCUGAUUCAAAAUCGAAGUUUUGUAAAUCGAUUACCUCUCUAAACUCCUGCCUUUCGCGUAGGACACAAUAGUAUAUGUAUAUUUUCUCUUUUGCUUUUUUAUACUUUUACAUUCUUAUUGAUAAUAGAAGAUGAGUUCUUAGAUUUUUUUAUAUUUGUCAAUAAAAUUCUUUGCAAAUAUUCUUUAUCGCAUAUUCAUAAGUUCCUGUGCACUUAUCAAUAUUAAAUAUUAAAUUGAAAUAUUAUCUGCCUUGUGAGAACUUUUGUAUCGUGUCUUUACAAAAUUAUUAAAAAUAUUGCGAUAUCAUACUCUAUUGUCGUCAUUAAUCGUAAAUUUGCAAAAGUGUUAAUGAUAGUUUUCGAAAAUUUGAGUGAGUAACAUUUUAUAGCUACUGAUUUGUGGAUGCAUUAACACUAAUUACUCUUACUCGCGCAUACAAAUGCGGCUUAUGUUAAUGCAAAAUCACCUUAAAUUUCCGAAAACUAGUUCUUUAAAAAUACUGUAAAUAUUAUAUAAAUGGACUUUGAGGGAAUGGACCAUGUGUGUCUAUUGUAUUUAUACAUCAUAUAAAUACUAUUUAUGAUUGAACGUAUAAACUGAAUACAAUAAACGUGAAUGUGAAUCCUUUA